UCCCGCCAACCUCGCUCUCCCUCAAACUCUCUCUCAGGUUAACUAAACUCACUCUUUUUCAUACAAAAUAACUCACAAAAGAGUCUCUCUAUGAUGCCAAUUCAUCAACUUUGGUGCCGAAUUUCUUAUAAUAGGUAAAAUUUUGUAACGUUUUGAUGAAGGUUUCUGUUUUUUCAGUCAUAACUCAUACGUUAAUUGUAUGAUUUAUUAAUGCUAUGCUCUGCUGAUAAUAUAAUUAACUGGGGUUUUGUCAAAAACCCAUUUUUUGUCAUUCUCUUCGAAGAGAUAUGAAGAUUAUGCUUGAAAGGUGAAAACUUCCAUCUUUUUUUGUGCGUUUAGUUGUUAAAUUUUGUGUUAUUAGAGAUGGCAGGGAAUUCUGAUACAGUGAGGAAAACCCCACCUGGGAUUUUGCUUAUAAGAAGAUUAAGAGGUAGAGAUUGGUCUUUAAAAACGUAUAGAUACAUGAUUUUGCUGGUUACUUUCAUAGCAUACGCUUGUUAUCAUGCCUCAAGAAAACCUAGUAGCAUUGUCAAGAGUGUAUUGUAUCCUGAACCUUUGACGCAGCAACACCCUUGGCCUAUGGGCCAACUCUUUCUUAAGCAAGAUUUUUUGAGCGUUCAUCAAAAGAGAUCGAAUCAUAAAGGUUGGGCUCCAUUUAAUGGAAGUGAUGGGACAUCAAGAUUGGGGGAAAUUGAUGUUGCAUUUCUUUCUUUUUACUCAUUGGGGAUGUAUGUUGCUGGGCAUUUAGGAGAUACUUUGGAUCUGAGGUUAUUUUUGACUACGGGUAUGAUAGGGAGUGGCAUUUUUGUGGGGCUUUUUGGUAUGGGAUACUUUUGGAAAGUUCACCUGUUUGGUUUCUAUCUUGUUAUGCAAAUGGUUGCCGGUUUAUUUCAAGCCACUGGUUGGCCUUCUGUUGUGGCUGUGAUUGGGAAUUGGUUUGGGAAAAGGAAGAGGGGUUUGAUAAUGGGUAUCUGGAAUGCACAUACUUCUGUUGGGAAUAUUACUGGUUCUCUUCUUGCUGCCAGUGUUUUGGAUUAUGGUUGGGGUUGGUCUUUUAUAGUUCCAGGUGCAUUUAUUGUGAUGGGUGGGAUCAUUGUUUACUUGUUCCUGGCUGCUUAUCCUGAGGAUAUUGGCUUUCCUUACAUAGAUGGUUCGGUUGCAAAUGCGGAGACUGUGCGUAGAGAUGAAGAAUCCCAGAUCAAAGGAAACGAGGUGGAAGUGCAAAAUAAUAUAAGUUCUCGAAAAGGGUCUGGGAGUAGGAAAAGCGUUGGCCUUCUUCAAGCUUGUUUGAUACCAGGUGUGAUACCGUUUGCAUUGUGCCUCUUCUUCGCAAAGCUGGUGGCCUACACAUUUUUAUACUGGUUACCCUUUUAUUUAAGCCAGACAGAAAUUGGUGGAGAGUACAUGUCAGUCAAGACUGCUGGAAAUCUCUCCACUCUGUUUGAUGUGGGGGGAAUUGUUGGUGGAAUCCUUGCUGGUUAUAUAUCAGAUAAACUUAAAGCUCGUGCCAUUACAGCAGCCACCUUCAUGUAUGCUGCAAUUCCAUGCAUGCUCUUAUAUCGCACAUAUGGGGGUGUCUCACAGACUCUCAACAUUUUACUUAUGAUGCUUGCUGGCCUAUUUAUAAAUGGACCAUAUGCACUUAUCACUACUGCAGUCUCUGCAGACCUUGGCACACACAGUAGUGUAAGAGGUGAUUCUCGGGCUCUGGCAACAGUGACCGCCAUUAUUGAUGGUACUGGAUCAGUUGGUGCAGCUCUUGGUCCUCUGCUUACUGGAUUCCUUUCAGAAAGAGGGUGGAAUUCUGUUUUUGUUAUGCUAAUGGUUGGUGCUCUUGUUGCGGGGCUUCUUUUGUCACGUCUAGUCAUAGCUGAAAUCAAUGAAAAAACUAGCAAAUCCAUGACUCCAUCCACUGGACAGCAAAAUUUUGAAGGUGCUGCAUACCAACCACUUUUGAGUGACCAAAGGUGAUGAUCAGGGGUAUGGUUCAUGAAAUUAUUGAAGUUGGAAGGAUUGAGAACAGAUGCUACAGAUUGAAGUACUAAAUUAAUAGUGCAGAACAACAGAAAUAAAGAAAUGUAUUUUAGAUGGCGUGGUUAAUAUUUGCAGCUUCAGUCAACUUUUUGUAAGAAAAAUAAAUGAUAUGUAGAGUUUAUUUAUUGGUUCUUUUGUGGGAAAGUGUGGAAGACUUGUUCUAAAGCACACCAAACUUUUGGUUACCAAAUUCUGAUGAACUGAGUCGGAAUCUAAUGCAACCUUAGUCUACAUGUUUAUGGACUGACGCUGGAGAUGAACAUGCAUAUUCAGCUAAGGUUAGAUUCGACAAU